GGUCCCCUGGUACCGCCCGCCCCGGAGCCAAUCGCCAGCCUCGCCUCCGUCACGUGCCGGGGCCCCGGCCCGCCCGGUCACAUGGUGUGAGUCAGGUGACCUGCUCCCGGCCCGGCCGGUCCUUUCCCGCAGUCCGCGCUGAGGAGCCGCCGCCAUGUCCGGGCCCCUCCUGCUGUACACGGGCCUCGGCCUCGCCUUCUGGAGCGCGCUGGCCGGCCUGGGUAUCUGCUACACGAUAUUUGACCUGGGCUUCCGUUUUGAUGUGGCCUGGUUCUUAACGGAAACCUCCCCCUUCAUGUGGUCCAACCUGGGCAUCGGUCUGGCCAUCUCACUGUCCGUGGUGGGCGCAGCCUGGGGGAUCUACAUCACUGGCUCCAGCAUCAUCGGCGGGGGAGUUAAGGCCCCCAGGAUCAAAACCAAGAACCUGGUCAGCAUCAUCUUCUGUGAGGCCGUGGCCAUCUACGGGAUCAUCAUGGCGAUCGUCAUCAGCAACAUGGCUGAGCCUUUCAGCGGCACCACCCCAGAGACCAUCGGAGCCAAGAACUACCAUGCAGGUUACUCCAUGUUUGGAGCCGGCCUGACCGUGGGCCUCUCCAACCUGUUCUGCGGGGUGUGCGUGGGCAUCGUGGGCAGCGGGGCUGCACUGGCCGACGCCCAGAACGCCAGCCUCUUCGUCAAGAUCCUGAUCGUGGAGAUCUUCGGCAGCGCAAUCGGGCUCUUCGGGGUCAUAGUCGCCAUCCUGCAGACAUCUAAAGUAAAAAUGGGGGACUGAGCCCCUGCCCGUUCCGGCCUGCCCCCCUGCAGGCGCGUCUGUACAUAUUUAUUUAAUGUUUCUAUUUCCUGAUCGGGGGCAUCACUUCGCCACCUCGGGCGCGGGAGCCCAGGUGUAUAGAACCGUCCCUGCUGAUCCGCUGGCCCCAUGGAGGAAAUAAUCAUCUGUGUGUGAAUUCGGCUCCCUCCUGUCGGCCCAGCCAGGUGGGGGGAGGGGGUUGAUGCCUGAGUGUUCCCGGUGUGUGUAGAAAUCAAUCGACCAGUGUAAGUCAGUGUCACGUGAAAUAAACAUGGUUCCUGUC